AUGCCCUCUGCAUCUUUAGUAGUAAAUCUUCUUUCAGUUUUUUUUAUCUCUUUUGUAUUUGGAGAAACAGAAAUAAGAUUUGCUGGACAAACAGAAUUUGUUGUUAAUGAAACAAGUACAACAGUUAUUCGUCUUACCAUUGAAAGGAUAGGAGAGCCAGCAAAUGUUACUGCAAUUGUGUCGUUGUAUGGAGAAGAUACUGGUGACUUUUUUGACACAUAUGCUGCUACUUUUAUACCUGCUGGAGAAACAAAUAGAACAGUGUACAUAGCUGUAUGUGAUGAUGAGUUACCAGAACCUGAUGAAACUUUCAUUUUUCACUUAACAUUGCAGAAACCUUCAACAAACGUGAAGCUUGGAUGGCCAAGGACUGUUACUGUGACAAUAUUAUCAAAUGACAAUGCAUUUGGAAUUAUUUCAUUUAACAUGCCUUCCGCAAUCACAGUGAGUGAGCCCAGGGGCAGAAAUGAGUCUGUGCCUCUUACUCUCAUCAGGGAGAAGGGAACCUAUGGAGUGGUCACUGUGACUUUUGAGGUAGAAGAUGGGCCAAAUCCCCCUGAAGAAGAUUUGAGUCCAGUUAAAGGAAAUAUCACCUUUCUCCCUGGCAGAGCAACAGUACUUUAUAACUUGACAGUACUUGAUGAUGAGGUACCAGAAAAUGAUGAAAUAUUUUUGAUUCAACUGAAAAGUGUGGAAGGGGGAGCUGAGAUCAACACCUCUAGGAAUUCAGUUGAGAUCAUCAUUAAGAAAAACGAUAGUCCCGUGAGAUUCAUUCAGAGUGUUUAUUUGGUCCCCGAGGAAGACCACAUACUCAUAAUUCCAGUGGUUCGUGGAAAGGACAACAAUGGAAAUCUGAUUGGAUCUGAUGAAUAUGAAGUUUCCAUCAGUUAUACUGUUGUGACUGGGAAUUCCACAGCACAUGCCCAACAAAACUUGGACUUCAUUGAUCUUCAGCCAAACACAACUAUUGUUUUUCCACCUUUCAUUCGUGAAUCUCACCUUAAAUUUCAAAUAGUUGAUGACACCAUACCAGAAAUUGCUGAAUCAUUUCACAUCAUGUUACUAAAAGAUACCUUACAGGGAGAUGCCGUGCUAGUAAGCCCUUCUACUGUACAAGUCACCAUUAAGCCAAAUGACAAACCCUAUGGAGUCCUCUCAUUCAACAGUAUCUUGUUUGAAAGGACAGUUAUAAUUGAUGAAGACACAGUAUCAAGAUUUGAAGAAAUUACAGUGGUUAGAAAUGGCGGCACCCAUGGGAAUGUCUCUGUGAACUGGGUGUUGACACGGAACAACAGUGAUCCCUCACCAGUAACAGCAGAUAUCAGACCAAGUUCUGGAGUUCUGCAUUUUUCACAAGGGCAGAUGUUGGCACCAAUUCCUCUCACUGUCAUUAAUGAUGAUAUUCCAGAGGAGGCAGAAGCUUAUCUACUUCAACUUUUGCCUCAUACGAUACGAGGAGGUGCAGAAGUGAGUGAACCAGCAGAGCUUUUGUUCUACAUUCAGGAUAGUGAUGAUGUUUAUGGCCUAAUAACAUUUUUUCCUAUGGAAAACCAGAAGAUUGAAAGCAGCCCAGGUGAACGAUAUUUAUCCUUGAGUUUUGCAAGACUAGGAGGAACUAAAGGAGACGUGAGGAUGCUUUAUUCCGCACUUUAUAUUCCUACUGGAGCUCUGGACCCAUUGCGAGCAAAAGAUGGCAUCUUAAAUAUAUCCAGGAGAAAUGGCCUCAUUUUGCCAGAACAAAAAACUCAAGUCACUACAAAAUUACCAAUAAGAAAUGAUGCAUUUCUUCAAAAUGGAGCCCACUUUUUAGUACAGUUGGAAUCUGUGAAGUUGGUGAACAUAAUUCCCCCAAUCCCACCCAUAAGUCCUAGAUUUGGGGAAAUCCGAAAUAUUUCAUUACUGGUUACUCCAGCCAUUGCAAAUGGGGAAAUUGGCUUUCUUAGCAAUCUUCCAAUCAUUUUGCAUGAACCAGAAGAUUCUGCUGCUGAAGUGGUUUACAUUCCCUUACAUCGGGAUGGAACUGAUGGCCAGGCUACUGUCUACUGGAGUUUGAAGCCCUCUGGCUUUAAUUCAGAAGCAGUGACCCUGGAUGAUAUAGGUCCCUUUAAUGGCUCUGUUUUGUUUUUAUCUGGGCAAAGUGACACAACAAUCAACAUUACUGUCAAAGGUGAUGACAUACCGGAAAUGAAUGAAACUGUAAUGCUUUCUCUAGACAGGGUUAAUGUGGAAAAUCAAGUGCUGAAAUCUGGAUAUACUAGUCGUGACCUAAUUAUUUUAGAAAAUGAUGAUCCCGGGGGAGUUUUUCAAUUUUCUCCUGCUUCCAGAGGACCCUAUGUUAUAAAAGAAGGAGAAUCUGUAGAGCUUCACAUCAUCCGAUCCAGGGGGGCUCUUGUUAAGCAGUUUCUACACUACCGAGUAGAGCCAAGAGAUAGCAAUGAAUUUUACGGAAACACGGGAGUACUGGAAUUUAAACCUGGAGAAAGGGAGAUAGUGAUCACCUUGCUAGCAAGAUUGGAUGGGAUACCAGAGUUGGAUGAACACUAUUGGGUGGUCCUCAGCAGCCAUGGUGAACGGGAAAGCAAGUUGGGAAGUGUUACAGUUGUCAACAUAACAAUUCUAAAAAAUGAUGAUCCUCAUGGGAUUAUAGAAUUUGUUUCUGAUGAUCUAAUUCUGGUGAUAAAUGAAAGCAAAGGAGAUGAUAUCUAUAGUGCUGUUUAUGGUGUAAUAAGAAAUCGCGGCAACUUUGGUGAUGUUAGUGUAUCAUGGGUGGUUAGUCCAGACUUUACACAAGAUGUAUUUCCUGUGCAAGGGACUAUUUUCUUUGGAGAUCAGGAAUUUUCAAAAAAUAUCACCAUUUACUCCCUUCCAGAUGAGAUUCCAGAGGAAAUGGAAGAAUUUACCAUUAUCUUACUUAAUGCCACUGGAGGAGCAGAAGUGGGAAACAAAACAACUGCAAUUCUGAGGAUUAGAAGAAACGAUGACCCCAUUUAUUUUGCAGAACCUCGAGUAGUGACAGUUCAAGAGGGUGAGACUGCUAACUUUACAGUUCUCAGAAAUGGAUCUGUUGAUGUUACCUGCACCGUCCAAUAUGCUACCUUGGAUGGGAAGGCUACUGCAAGAGACGGAGACUUUGUUCCUGUUGAAAAAGGAGAAACACUUGUUUUUGAGGUUGGAAGUAGAGAGAAGAGCGUAUCUGUAUUUGUUAUUGAAGAUGGUAUCCCAGAAACAGAUGAGCCCUUUUAUAUAAUUCUCUUUAAUUCAACAGGUGAUACAGUGAAAUACUUGCAAUUCUGGUUUCUAACUCAUUAUAAAUUUUCUAUUACAGGUGGAUCUCCGGGUCCUGGAGGCCAACUAACAGAAACCAACCUCCAGGUGACAGUAAUGAUUCCAUUCAAUGAUGAUCCAUUUGGAGUUUUCAUCUUGGAUCCAGAGUGUUUAGAGAGAGAAGUGGCAGAAGAUGUCCUCUCAGAAGAUGAUAUGUCUUAUAUUACUAAUUUCACCAUUUUGAGGCAACAAGGUGUCUUUGGGGAUGUACGAGUAGGCUGGGAAAUACUAUCCAGUGAGUUCACUUCUGGUUUGCCACCAAUGACAGAUUUUUUACUGGUUGGAAUUUUCCCCAGCACUGUGCAUUUACAGCCACACAUGCGACAUCACCAUAGCGGAACUGAUGCUUUGUAUUUCACCGGAGUAGAGGGUGCAUUUGGGACUGUUAAUCCAAAAUACCACACCUCGAGGAAUAACACAAUUGCCAACUUUACAUUCUCAGCUUGGGUAAUGCCUAAUGCCAAUACGAAUGGAUUUGUUAUAGCAAAGGAUGAUGGUAAUGGAAGCAUCUACUAUGGGAUAAAAAUUCAAACAAAUGAGUCCCACGUGACACUUUCCCUUCAUUAUAAAACUUUGGGUUCCGAUGCUACGUACAUUGCCAAGACAACAGUCAUGAAAUAUUUAGAAGAAAGUGUUUGGCUUCAUCUACUAAUUAUCCUGGAUGAUGGUAUAAUUGAAUUCUACCUGGAUGGAAAUGAAAUGCCCAAAGGAAUCAAGAGUCUGAAAGGAGAAGCCAUUACUGAUGGUCCUGGAACACUGCGAAUCGGGGCAGGAGUAAAUGGCAAUGACAGAUUUACAGGUCUGAUGCAGGAUGUGAGGUCCUAUGAGAGGAGACUGACCAUUGAAGAAAUUUAUGAACUUCAUGCCAUGCCUGCAAAGAGUGAUUUACACCCCAUUUCUGGAUAUCUGGAGUUCAGACAGGGAGAAACCAACAAAUCAUUCAUUGUUUCUGCAAGAGAUGACAAUGAAGAGGAAGGAGAAGAAUUAUUUAUUCUAAAACUAGUCUCUGUAUAUGGAGGAGCCCGUAUUUCUGAAGAAAACACUACAGCAAGAUUAGUAAUACAAAAAAGUGACAAUGCCAAUGGCCUGUUUGGUUUCACAGGAGCUUGUAUACCAGAGAUUGCAGAGGAGGGAUCCACCGUUUCUUGUGUGGUGGAGAGAACCAGAGGAGCUCUGGAUUAUGUGCACGUUUUUUACACCAUCUCACAGAUAGAAUCUGACGGCAUUAAUUACCUUGUUGAUGAUUUUGCUAAUGCCAGUGGAACUAUCACAUUUCUUCCUUGGCAGAGAUCAGAGGUCCUAAAUCUGUAUGUUCUUGAUGAUGAUAUUCCUGAACUUAAUGAGUAUUUCCGUGUGACAUUGGUUUCUGCAAUUCCUGGAGAUGGGAAGCUAGGUUCAACUCCAACAAGUGGCGCAAGCAUAGAUCCUGAAAAGGAAACAACAGAUAUCACUAUCAAAGCUAGUGAUCAUCCAUAUGGCUUGCUGCAGUUCUCCACAGGGCUGCCUCCUCAGCCCGAGGACACAAUGACUCUGCCCACAAGCAGCGUUCCACACAUCACUGUGCAGGAGGAAGAUGGAGAAGUCAGGUUAUUGAUUGUCCGUGCACAAGGACUCCUGGGGAGGGUGACUGCACAAUUUAGAACAGUGUCUCUGUCAGCAUUCAGUCCUGAGGACUACCAGAGUGUUGCUGGCACAUUAGAAUUUCAACCAGGAGAAAGAUAUAAAUAUAUUUCUGUCAACAUCACUGACAAUUCUAUCCCUGAACUGGAAAAAUCUUUUAAAGUUGAGUUGUUAAACUUAGAAGGAGGAGUAGCUGAGCUCUUUAGGUUUGAUGGCAGUGGUAGUGGUGAUGGGGACAUGGAAUUCUUCCUUCCAGCUAUUCACAAACGUGCCAGUCUAGGAGUGGCUUCUCAGAUUCUAGUGACAAUUGCAGCCUCUGACCAUGCUCAUGGAGUAUUCGAAUUUAGCCCUGAGUCACUCUUUGUCAGUGGAACUGAACCAGAAGAUGGAUACAGCACUGUUAUAAUCAAUGUUAUGAGAUGUCAUGGAGCUCUAUCUCAAGUGACUUUGUAUUGGAACAUAGACUCCGAUCCUGAUGGUGAUCUCGCCUUUACCUCUGGCAACAUCACAUUUGAGAUUGGGCAGACGAGUGCCAACAUCACCGUGGAAAUAUUGCCUGACGAAGAUCCAGAACUGGAUAAGACAUUCUCUGUGUCAAUCCUCCUUGUCUCCCGUGGUUCUUUGGGAGUUCAUACUAAUGCCACAUUAACAGUUUUGGCUAGUGAUGAUCCUUAUGGGAUAUUCAUCUUUUCUGAGAAAAACAGACCUAUUCAAGUUGAGGAAGCAACCCAGAAUGUCACACUGUCAAUAAUAAGAUUGAAAGGCCUCAUGGGAAAAGUCAUAGUCUCAUAUGCAACUUUAGAUGACAUGGAAAAACCACCUUAUUUUCCACCUAAUUUAGCCAGAGCAACUCAAGGAAAAGACUAUAUAUCAGCUUCUGGAUUUGCUGUUUUUGGAGCUAAUCAGAGUGAGGCAACAAUCGCUAUUUCAAUUUUGGAUGACGAUGAACCAGAAAGGUCAGAGUCUGUGUUUAUUGAACUACUCAACUCCACUUUAAUAGAGAAAGUUCAGGAUCGCCCAGUUCCAAAUUCUCCACGUCUAGGGCCUAAGAUAGAAACUAUUGCCCAUCUAAUUAUCUUUGCCAAUGAUGAUGCAUUUGGAACUCUUCAGCUCUCAGCACCAAUUGUUCGAGUGGCAGAAAAUCAUGUUGGACCCAUUAUCAAUGUGACUAGAACAGGAGGAGCAUUUGCAGAUGUUUCUGUGAAGUUUAAAGCCGUGCCAGUAACUGCAAUAGCUGGUGAAGAUUACAGUAUAGCUUCAUCAGAUGUGGUCUUGCUAGAAGGGGAAACCAGUAAAGCUGUGCCAAUAUAUAUCAUUAAUGACAUCUACCCUGAGCUGGAAGAAUCUUUUCUUGUGCAACUGCUGAAUGAAACAACAGGAGGAGCCAAACUAGGGGCUUUAACAGAGGCAGUCAUUAUUAUUGAGGCCUCUGAUGACCCCUACGGAUUAUUUGGUUUUCAGAUUACUAAACUUAUUGUAGAGGAACCUGAGUUUAACUCAGUGAGGGUAAACCUGCCAAUAAUUCGAAAUUCUGGGACACUCGGCAAUGUUACUGUUCAGUGGGUUGCCACCAUUAAUGGACAGCUUGCUACUGGCGACCUGCGAGUUGUCUCAGGUAAUGUGACCUUUGCCCCUGGGGAAACCAUUCAAACCUUGUUGUUAGAGGUCCUGGCUGACGACGUUCCGGAGAUUGAAGAGGUUAUCCAAGUGCAACUAACUGAUGCCUCUGAUGGAGGUACUAUUGGGUUAGAUCGAGUGGCAAAUAUUAUUAUUCCUGCCAAUGAUAAUCCUUAUGGUACAGUGGCCUUUGUUCAGACGGUUUAUCGAGUUCAAGAGCCUAUGGAAGGAAGUUCCUGUGCUAACAUAACUGUCAGGAGAAGCGGAGGGCUGUUUGGUCGGCUGUUGUUGUUCUACAAUACUUCCGAUAUCGAUGUAGUGGCUCUUGCAAUCGAGGAGGGUCAAGAUUUACUGUCCUACUAUGAAUCGCCAGUACAAGGGGUGCCUGACCCACUCUGGAGAAUGUGGGUGAAUGUCUCUGCAGUGGGGGAACCCCAGUACACCUGUGCCACUUUGUGCCUCAAAGAACAUGCUUGCUCAGCAUUUUCAUUUUCCAGUGCUUCUGAGGGUCCCCAGUGUUUUUGGAUGACAUCGUGGAGCAGCCCAGAUGUCAACACUUCAAACUUCUGGACCUACAGGAAAAACAUGACCAGGGUAGCAUCUCUUUUUAGCAGUCAGGCUGUGGCUGGGAGUGACUACGAGCCUGUGACAAGGCAAUGGACCAUAAUGCUGGAAGGUGAUGAAUUUGCAAAUCUCACAGUUUCUAUUCUUCCUGAUGAUUUCCCAGAGAUGGAUGAGAGUUUCCUAAUUUCUCUCCUUGAAGUUCACCUCAUGAACAUCACAGCCAGUUUUCAAAAUCAGCCAACCAUAGGACAGCCAAAUACUUCUACAGUUGUCAUAGCACUAAAUGGUGAUGCCUUUGGAGUGUUUGUGAUCUACAGUAUUAGUCCCAAUACCUCAGAAGAUGGCUUAUUUGUUGAAGUUCCAGAGCAGCCCCAAACCCUGGUGGAGCUGGUGAUUCACAGGACAGGGGGCAGCUUAGGUCAGGUGACAGUUGAAUGGCGUGUUGUUGGUGGAACAGCUACUGAAGGUUUAGAUUUUAUAGGUGCUGGAGACAUUCUGACUUUUGCUGAAGGUGAAACCAAAAAGACAGCCAUUUUAACCAUCUUGGAUGAUUUUGAACCAGAGGAUGAUGAAAGCAUCAUAGUUAGUUUGAUAUACACCGAAGGUGGAAGCAGAAUUUUGCCCAGCUCUGACACUGUUAGAGUGAACAUUUUGGCCAAUGACAAUGUGGCAGGAAUUGUUAGCUUUCAAACAGCUUCCAGGUCUGUCAUAGGUCAUGAAGGAGAAAUUUUGCAAUUCUAUGUGAUAAGAACACCCCCUGGUCGAGGAAAUGUUACAGUUAACUGGAAAAUUAUUGGGCAAAAUCUAGAACUCAAUUUUGCUAACUUUAGUGGACAACUCUUCUUUCCUGAGGGAUCAUUGAAUAGAACAAUAUUUGUGCAUUUGUUGGAUGACAACAUUCCCGAGGAGAAAGAAGUAUACCAAGUCAUUCUGUAUAAUAUCAUGACACAAGUUUUGCAGGAUGAUGUACCAGAGCUGGAAGAAUAUUUCCUGGUGAAUUUAACUUAUGUUGAACUUAUCAUGGCUCCUUUAACUUCAUUUCCUCCCAGAUUAGAUUCAGAAGGCUUGACUGCGCAAAUUAUUAUUGAUGCCAAUGAUGGCGCCCAAGGUAUGAUCGAAUGGCAACAUAGCAGGUUUGAAGUAAAUGAAUCUCACGGAAGUUUAGCAUUGGUAGCCCAGAGGAGCAGACAGGCUCUUGGCCAUGUUUCCUUGUUUGUGUAUGCUCAGAAUUUGGAAGCACAAGUGGGGCUGGAUUACAUCUUCACUCCAAUGAUUCUUCAUUUUGCUGAUGGAGAAAAGCAUAAAAAUGUUGACAUCAUGAUUCUUGAUGAUGACAUUCCAGAAGGAGAUGAAAAAUUUCAGCUGAUUUUAACAAAUCCUUCCCCUGGACUGGAGCUGGGGGAAAAUACAAUAGGUAAUUGUGAAUCCCGGACUAGAGCCCUACAUAUAUCUGCCAUAUUAGACACGGAACCAGAAAUGGAUGAGCAUUUUGUUUGCACCUUGUUUAAUCCAACUGGAGGUGCUAGACUAGGGGCGCAUGUUCAAACUCUGAUUACAGUUUUGCAAAACCAGGCCCCUUUGGGGCUAUUCAGUAUCUCUGCAGUUGAAAAUAGAGCCACCUCCGUAGACAUCGAAGAAUCCAACAGGACUGUGUAUUUAAAUGUAUCACGCACUAAUGGCAUUGAUUUGGCUGUGAGUGUGCAGUGGGAAACAGUCUCUGAAACAGCCUUUGGCAUGAAGGGAAUGGAUCUUGUGUUUUCCAUAUUUCAAACUUUUUUGGAUGAAUCAGCUUCUGGCUGGUGUUUUUUUACUUCGGAUAAUUCAACAUAUGGUAUAAUGUUAAGAAAAUCGUCUUUUACUGUUUACCGAUGGCAAGGGAUUUUUAUUCCAGUUGAGGAUUUAAAUAUAGAAAAUCCUGAAACUUGUGAGGCCUUUAAUAUUGGUCUUUCUCCCUACUUUGUGAUUACUCACACAGAAAGAGAAGAAAAGCCUUCUGUUAACAGUGUAUAUACAUUCACAUCUGGAUUUAAAUUAUUCCUGGUACAAACAAUCAUUAUUUUGGAAAGUUCUCAAGUAAGAUAUUUUACUUCAGACAGUCAAGAUUAUUUAAUUAUUGCAAGUCAAAGAGAUGACUCUGAAUUAACUCAGAUACAAUUUGACUUUUAUUCUAUUAUUGUAGGCGAUCAGAAUUCAGUUGAUAUUUUCAUCUGGGAGACAGGACGGUCUUCUUUCAGAUAUUUUCAAUCCUUGGAUUUUACUUCUGUUGACAGGAUUCACUCUUUCACACCAGCCUCGGGAAUAGUUCACAUGCUUCUCAUUGGCCAAGAUAUGUCUGCUCUUUAUUGCUGGAAUUCGGAACUGAAUCAAUUCUCUUUUGUUCUGGAAGCACCUUCUGCUUACGAUGCAGCUUCUGUUACAGUAAAGUCCCUUAAUUCAAGCAAGAAUUUAAUUGCUCUAGUGGGAACUACCUACUCGCAUAUAUAUGAGCUAGUCUACAUCUCCAGCCAGUCUGACUUUAUUCCUAGUUCAGGUGAGCUGAUAUUUGAACCUGGUGACAAAGAAGCUACAAUAGUGGUAAAUAUCCUUGAUGAUAUAGUUCCAGAGGAAGAAGAAUCCUUCAAAGUUCAGCUUAAAAAUCCCAAAGGAGGAGCAGAGAUUGGUAUUAAUGGUUCUGUAACAAUAACUAUUCUGUCUAAUGAUGAUGCCUAUGGAGUUGUUGCCUUUGCUCAGAACUCAUUAUAUAAGCAAGUGGAAGAAAUGGAGCAAGAUAGCCUAGUAACCUUGAAUGUUGAGCGCUUAAAAGGAACAUAUGGUCGUAUAACCGUAGCGUGGGAAGCUGAUGGAAGUAUUAGUGAUGUAUUUCCUACCUCAGGAGUGAACAUCACCAUUCUUCAGUUACAAGUAGUUCGAGAUAAAGGACUGCUUGGGGACAUUGCCAUUCACUUGAUAGCUAAACCCAAUUUCUCACUGCAUGUCCAUAAUCAAGCUACUGAGAGUGAAGAUUAUGUGCUGCAAGAAACAAUAAUAAUAAUGAAAGAAAACAUAAAAGAAGCUCAUGUUAAAGUUGCCAUUUUGCCGGUUACUGCAGUGAUAGAAAUCACCAUAAUCGAUGAUGCUGAAUUUGAACUCCUGGAGACAUUCAAUAUUUCCUUAGUCAGUGUGGCUGGAGGUGGCAGACUCGGUGAUGAUGUUGUGGUGACUGUUGUUGUUCCACAAAAUGAUUCUCCAUUUGGAGUAUUUGGAUUUGAAAAAAAGAAUGUAAUAGUUGAUGAAUCCCUUUUGUCUGAUGACCCUGAUUCUCAUGUGACAUUGACAGUUGUCCGGUCUCCAGGAGGAAAAGGAGCUGUUCGACUUCAGUGGGCUGUAGAUGAGAAGGCUAAACAUCAACUCAGUCCUCUGAAUGGGACACUUCAUUUUGAUGAGAGGCUCAGAAUGGAUAUAAAGAGGGAAGAGCAGAUAACAGUGGGAAUGCAAUGGCUCUGUGUUGAGUGGCAGCCAGUUAUUCCUGGUCAGUGCAUUCUCUGGAGAUCAGAGAAGUCAGGAAGUGGGUCGCACCCCCUCUAUGGUUCUCCCUGUUAUUUAGGUUCAUGGUGUGGAAUGGGUAGCGCAUCAAUAAUCAUUCGAGGAGACAAGGGAGCGUCAGGAGAAGUUGGGAUAGCUCCAUCAUCUAGGCAUGUCCUCAUUGGGGAACCCUCAGCAAAAUAUAAUGGUACUGCUAUCAUCAGCCUUGUUCGUGGCCCAGGGAUUUUGGGGGAGGUCACAGUGUUGUGGGGGAUAUUCCCUCCUUCCGUGGGGGAAUUUGCGGAAACAUCAGGAAAACUGACAAUGCGAGAUGGACAGUCUGCAGCCAUUGUAGUAAUACAGGCUUUGAAUGAUGAUAUUCCCGAGGAAAAGUGUUUCUAUGCGUUUCAGCUGACCGCAGUCAGCGAGGGAGGAGUUCUGAGUGAGUCCAGCAGUGCCAACAUCACGAUGGUGGCCAGUGAUUCUCCCUAUGGCCGAUUUGCCUUUGCACAUGAGCAAAUUCGAGUGGCAGAAGAAGCACAGAGGGUUAACAUCACAAUCAUCCGUUCCGGUGGCUAUUUUGGCCUGGUGAGACUGUGGUAUGAGACUGUGAGCGGAACAGCGGAAGCAGGCUUGGAUUUUGUUUCUGCAGCCGGGGAGCUCCUCUUUGAAGCAGGAGAGAUGGGGAAGAGUCUGCACGUUGAAAUCCUUAAUGAUGACAGUCCUGAAGGCCCUGAGGAAUUUUCUGUCGCAAUUACAAAGGUGGAACUCCAGGGAAGAGGGUAUGAUUUUACCAUCCGAGAAAAUGGACUUCAGAUAGAUCAACCUCCUGAAAUAGGGAACAUCUCCAUUGUUCGAAUUGUAAUAACGAAAAAUGAUAAUGCAGAGGGCAUCAUUGAAUUUGACCCCAAGUAUACUGCCUUCGAAGUGGAGGAAGACGUUGGGAUGAUUAUGAUUCCAGUGGUGAGGCUGCACGGAACUUAUGGCCACGUGACAGCUGAUUUCAUCUCUCAGAGCUCCUCUGCCCUUCCAGGAGGUGUCGAUUAUAUACUACAUGGCAGUUCAGUCACCUUUCAGCAUGGACAGAGCUUAAGUUUUAUAAAUAUCUCUAUCGUUGAUGACAAUGAAAGUGAAUUUGAGGAGCCCAUUGAAAUUCUGCUCACUGGCGCUACUGGAGGAGCGGUCCUUGGGCGCCACCUAGUGAGCAUAAUCACGAUUGCCAAGAAUGACUCUCCUUUUGGCGUUGUAAGAUUUCUCAAUCAAAGCAAAAUUUCUGUCCCUAACCCCAAUUCCACAUUGAUUUUAUCUUUGAUGCUGGAGCGGACCGGAGGACUCCUGGGAGACAUUCAGGUGAACUGGGAGAUAGUAGGACCCAAUUCUCAGGAAGCCUUACCACCACAGAACAGAGACAUUGCAGACCCAGUGAGCGGGUUCUUCUACUUUGGAGAAGGAGAAGGUGGAGUGAGAACUAUAAUUCUGACAAUCUAUCCUCAUGAAGAAAUUGAAGUGGAAGAAACUUUCAUUAUUAAACUUAAACUUGCAAAAGGAGAAGCUAAAUUAGACUCCAGAGCUAAAGAUGUUACAUUGACAAUACAAAAGUUUGGUGAUCCAAAUGGAGUUGUUUACUGGGAAUUAAAUAGUGAGUUUGAUGUUACUGAUGACUUUUCCUCCACAACUGGAUUUUUCACCAUUGCUGAUGGAGAGAGUGAAGCUAGCUUUGACGUCCAUUUGCUACCAGAUGAUAUGCCCGAGGUAGAGGAAGAUUAUUUCAUCCAGCUUGUGUCUGUAGAGGGAGGAGCAGAACUAGAUCCGGAGAAAUGCAUCGCGUGGUUCUCUGUUUAUGCAAAUGAUGACCCACAUGGAGUAUUCGCCCUGUAUUCAGAUCACCAGUCAAUACUUAUUGGACAGAACCUAAUUAGGUCCAUACAAAUUAACAUAACCCGGCUUGCUGGAACGUUUGGAGAUGUGGCUGUUGGAUUUCGAAUAUCGUCUGAUCAUGAAGAGCAGCCGAUUGUUGCUGAAAAUGCGGCGAGACAGCUGGUGAUCAAAGACGGUGCCAGAUAUAAAGUGGACACAGUGCCAAUAAAGAAUCAGGUCUUCCUGUCACUGGGCUCCAAUUUCACCUUGCAACUAGUGACUGUGAUGCUUGUUGGUGGACGUUUCUAUGGAAUGCCGACAAUUCUCCAGGAAGCAAAAUCCACGGUGCUUCCUGUCCCUGAGAAAGCUGCCAAUUCUCAGGUUGGAUUUGAAUCCACUGCUUUUCAACUCACGGACAUCACUGCUGGCACAAGCCAAGUCAUCGUCUCUAGGAGAGGCACGUAUGGGUCUCUCUCGGUUGCCUGGACUACUGGAUAUGCUCCUGGGUUAGAAAUCCCUGAAUUCAUUGUUGUUGGCAACAUGACGCCAACAUUGGGGAGCCUUUCAUUCUUCCAUGGUGAACAAAGGAAAGAAGUUUUACUGCGGACAUUUCCCACCCCUGGUCUGCCAGAGGCCUUCGUUAUUCACCUUUCAGGAGUGCAGAGCAGUGCUCCUGGUGGAGCUCAACUUCGAUCGGGUUUCACCGUUGCUGAAAUUGAACCAAUGGGAGUCUUCCAAUUUUCCCCUAGUUCAAGAAAUAUCAUCGUGUCAGAGGAUACACAGAUGAUCAAAUUACAUGUGCAAAGACUGUUUGGGUUCCACAGCGAUCUUAUCAGAGUUUCCUAUCAGACAACUGCAGGCAGCGCUGAGCCCCUGGAAGACUUUGAGCCUGUUCAGAAUGGGGAACUUUAUUUUCAGAAAUUCCAGGCUGAAGUUGAUUUCGAAAUAAUCAUUAUUAAUGAUCACCUUCCUGAGACAGAAGAAAUUUUCUACAUUAACCUCACUUCAGUAGAAAGUAGAGGAUUGCAAAAGCUUGAUGCUAAUUGGAGACCACGCCUGAAUCUAGAUUUCAGUGUUGCGGUGAUCAAAAUAUCGGAUAAUGAUGACCUGGCAGGAAAGGAUGUUUCUUACCCCACGACAACUGUGGACGUAGCAGUUGACACAACUCUCAUUUCUGUAGAAACCGACUCCACCGCACACCCUGGCACAAGCAAGACAACUGCCUUUCCACAGCCAACUGAAAUGGUUACCACUGUCGCCGAGGCAGCUGGUAUAUCUGCUGUCCCUGAGAAACUCGUCACCCUUCAUGGUACACCUGCCACGUCUGAAAAGCCUGAUGUGGCCACUGUAACUGCCAAUGUUUCCGUUCAUGGAACGUUUAGUCUCGGGCCACCUAUCGUUUAUGUUGAAGAGGAGAGGAAGAAUGGCGCAUUCAGUACAGCAGAAGUUCUUAUCCGAAGAACUGGCGGGUUGACUGGCAAUGUCAGUGUCACAGUUAAAACUUUUGGUGAAAGAUGUGCUCAGAAGGAACCAAAUGCAUCGCUCUUCCCUGAUACCUAUGGAAUUUCCAACCUAACGUGGGCAGUUGAAGAAGAAGACUUUGAAGAACAAACUCUUAUCCUCACAUUUCUAGAUGGAGAAAGAGAACAGAGAGUAUCGGUUCAAAUUUUGGAUGAUGACGAGCCUGAGGGGCAGGAAUUCUUCUACAUGUUUCUCACAGACCCUCGAGGGGGAGCACAGGUUGUGAAGGGAAAGGAUGACACUGGAUUUGCAGCUUUUGCCACGGUCAUUAUUGCAGGGAGCGAUCUUCACAAUGGCAUCAUAGGAUUUAGUGAGGAGUCCCAGAGUGGACUAGAACUCUGGGAGGGAGCUGAGAUGAGAAGACUGCGUCUUGCUGUCACAAGGCAGCCCAACAGGGCCUUUGAAGAUGUCAAGGUCUUUUGGCGAGUCACACUUAAUGAAACAGCUACCGUGCUCCAGAAAGAUGGGGUAAACCUGAUGGAUGAACUCCUGUCUGUGUCAGGUGCCACGACAUGUACAACGGGUCAAACAAAAUGCUUUAUCAGCAUCGAACUCAAACCAGAGAAGAUACCUCACGUUGAAAUACCUUUUUUUGUGGAACUAUAUGAAGUAACUUCUGGAGCAGCAAUAAACAGUAGUGCCAGAUUUGCACAGAUUAAAAUCUUGCAGCGUGAUGAACCUCGAAGCCUCAUGUAUUUCUCUGUGGGUUCUCGGCUGGCAGUGGCUCACAAGAAGGCCACUUUAAUCAGUUUGGAGGUGGCCAGAGAUUCUGGGACAGGACUAAUGAUGUCUGUUAACUUUAGUACCCAGGAGUUGAGGAGUGCUGAAACAAUUGGUCGUACUCUUGUAUCUCCAGCUAUUUCUGGGAAGGAUUUUGUGAGAACUGAAGGCACAUUGGUCUUUGAACCUGGCCAAAGAAACGCUGUAUUAGAUGUCGUCCUGACACCAGAGACAGGAUCUUUAAAUCCAUUUCCUAAACGCUUCCAGAUUGUGCUUUUUGACCCAAAAGGUGGUGCCGGAAUUGAUAAAGUAUAUGGGACUGCCAACAUCACCCUUGUCUCUGACGCAGAGUCGCAGGCCGUUUGGGGGCUUGCGGAUCAGCUGCACCAGCCCCUGGACGACGACAUUCUCAACAGGGUGCUCCACAACAUCAACAUGAAAGUGGCCACGGAGAACACAGACGAACAACUCAGUGCCGUGAUGCACUUAGUAGAAAAGCAGACCUUUGCUCUUUUCUGUUGUAGAAGCAAAACCAUCCUUGACAGUUGCCCGUAUUUGUCAAUAUUGGCUCUUCACUGGUAUCCUCAGCAAAUCAACGGGCACAAGUUUGAAGGAAAGGAAGGAGAUUAUAUUCGAGUUCCAGAGAGAUUAUUGGAUGUCCCAGAUGCAGAAAUAAUGGCUGAGAAAAGUACAUGUAAAUUAGUCCAGUUCACAGAGUAUAGCAGCCAGCAGUGGUUUAUAACUGGAAACAGUCUUCCUGCACUGAAAAAUAAGGUAUUAUCUUUGAGUGUGAAAGGUCAGAGUUCACAACUCCUGACUAACAACAAUGAGGUUCGCUACAGGAUUUAUUCUACCGAGUCUAGAAUUAUUCCUCAGACGUCUCUGUGUCUCCUUUGGAAUCAGGCUGCUGCAAGCUGGCUGUCUGACAGUCAAUUUUGCAAAGUGGUCGAGGACACUUCAGACUAUGUGGAAUGUGCCUGUUCACACAUGUCUGUGUACGCUGUCUAUGCCCAGACUGACAACUUGUCUUCAUACAAUGAAGCCUUUUUCUCUUCUGGAUUUAUGUGUAUCUCAGGUCUUUGCUUGGCUGUACUUUCCCACAUCUUCUGUGCCAGGUACUCCAUGUUUGCAGCUAAACUUCUGACUCACAUGAUGGCAGCCAGCUUAGGUACACAGAUUGUGUUUCUGGCGUCUGCAUAUGUAAGUCCUCAACUUGCUGAGGAGAGCUGUUCAGCCGUGGCUGCUGUUACACAUUACCUGUAUCUAUGCCAGUUUAGCUGGAUGCUCAUUCAGUCUGUGAAUUUCUGGUACGUGCUGGUGAUGAAUGAUGAACACACAGAGAGGAGAUAUCUGCUGUUUUUCCUUCUGAGUUGGGGACUUCCAGCUUUUGUGGUGAUUCUCCUCAUAGUUAUUUUGAGAGGAAUCUAUCAUCAGAGCAUGCCACAGAUAUAUGGACUCAUUCACGGUGACCUAUGCUUUAUCCCAAACAUCUAUGCAGCUUUGUUCACUGCAGCUCUUGUUCCCUUGAUGUGCCUCGUGGUGGUGUUUGUGGUGUUCAUCCACGCCUACCAGGUGAAGCCACAGUGGAAAGCCUAUGACGACGUCUUCAGAGGAAGAACAAAUGCUGCAGAAAUUCCACUGAUUUUAUAUCUCUUUGCCCUGAUUUCCAUGACAUGGCUUUGGGGAGGACUGCACAUGGCAUACAGACACUUCUGGAUGUUGGUUCUCUUUGUCAUUUUCAACAGUCUGCAGGGACUUUACGUUUUUGUGGUUUAUUUCAUCUUACACAACCAGAUGUGUUGCCCUAUGAAGGCCAGCUACACGGUGGAAGUGAAUGGGCAUCCAGGACCCAGUACAGCCUUUUUCACGCCCGGGAGUGGAAUGCCUCCUGCUGGAGGGGAAAUCAGCAAGUCCACCCAGAAUCUUAUCAGUGCUAUGGAGGAGGUACCACCUGACUGGGAGAGAGCAUCCUUCCAACAAGCCAGUCAGGCCAGCCCUGAUUUGAAGCCAAGUCCACAAAAUGGCGCCACAUUCCCUUCCUCUGGUGGAUACGGCCAAGGGUCGCUGAUAGCUGAUGAGGAGUCCCAGGAGUUUGAUGACUUGAUAUUUGCAUUAAAAACUGGUGCUGGUCUCAGUAUCAGUGACAAUGAAUCUGGCCAAGGCAGCCAGGAGGGAGGCACCUUGACCGACUCCCAGAUCGUAGAGCUCCGGAGGAUACCCAUCGCCGACACCCACCUCUAGUGCCCCACUAAUCAUUAAACUGAGCAUACUUCCUAUUUGUACUGGCUUUUGUGCUAAAAUUCUAUAAGUACAUGCAGCUAUGUAGUAGGAAUCUGUGAAUUGUACUGACUGAUUAACACAGAAGUGAUUGUUGUAUUUGGAAUAUAAAUUACAUAUUUUGUGCAACCUGAAAAUUCACUGUUAUAAUGAAAGACUGGAUCAGUUUAUAUCAGUUAAUAGGAUGUACAUAUUCAAAGAUUAGUAGUUGUUUUUUAAUCAUUCUGCAGAACUAACAUUGUUUAAUGAAAGUAAUAAUAAAAGAAAUAGAAUC